AUGGUUUAUGGUAAAGCAUGUCACUUGCCGGUUGAGAUGGAACAUAAGGCAUACUGGGCUAUCAGGUUCUUGAAUUUUGAUCCAACCCAAUCAGUUGAGAAGAGACAAUUACAGCUGAAUGAAUUGGAAGAAUUGCGCCUCAAUGCUUACGAGUCAGCUAAGCACUACAAGGAAAGGACAAAGUUGUAUCAUGACCGGAAGAUUCUAAAGCGAGAGUUUCAUCCGGGACAACUUGUGCUCCUUUACAACUCCCGGUUGAGACUCUUUCCAGGGAAGCUGAAGUCAAAAUGGUCAGGGCCAUUCAGAGUUAAGCAAGUUAAGCCUCAUGGAGCAAUACAAGUGGAGGAUGUUUCCUCCAAGGAGUGCUGGGUAGUAAAUGGCCAAAGACUUAAACUCUACUUGGGCGGCGAAAUUGAGCGAGCUUAUUCCACCAUUGCAUUGGAGAACCCCUGA